AUGUCGUCCUUCACGCGCCCCAACAACCUCGCGCUCCUCACGCACUUCCUCCAGACCGUCUCGGACGCGCGCACCUCCCGCAACGCCCCCCUCCUCGCCAGCCUCCUCAGCGCCGACCCAUUCUACAUCCUCCAGAACGACCUCAUGCUCUCUCUCCGCUCCGAACUCAGCAGCAACCCCACCGCCCUGCAAUCCCGCACCGACAAGAUCCUCGGCGACGAGUGGAUGGGCUUCACCGAGCUGGUCGCGGCCUACCUCAAGUACGUGCUCGCGCUGGACCCCGCGGUGCUGUACGACACGGGCACGUCGCGCACCUGGCACGGCUGCUUGAAGACGUACAUGGGCGCCAUCAACCCGGCGUUCAACUCGCCGCAGGGCGUGGUGCUGGUGCCGCUGGUGAAGGGGACGGCGGCGCUGCUGACGAGCGCGGCACUGAGGAUUGAUGCGCAGAUUGGCGAUCCGAGGUUUGGCUGCUCGCAUGCGGCGAUGAAUGUGUUGCUGAGGACGUUUAAUUCGACGCUGGGGGAGAGGACGCUGGCGUCGGGGGCGCCGACGAUGCAGACGUUGGGGAAGAAGGCGGCGACGCUGAGGAUUGCGAAUUUGUUGUUUAAGCUGUAUUUCAAGCUAAACCAAAUCCGCCUCUGCGCAACAAUCCACACAAACAUCAACGCCGCCUCAAUCCCCUCCUACCUACACCUCUACCCCAAGUCCGACCGCUGCGCCUACACAUACUACCUCGGCCGCCACCACUUCUUCAACGCCCACUUCACCACGGCCCUCAGCACCCUCACCACCUCCUACAACCUCACCCGCCCCACGGACACCACCCAGCGCCGCCUGCUCCUCCUCUACAUGGUCACCUCCGCCCUCAUCCUGGGCAAAUUCCCGUCGGCAACCCUCCUCGCCCGCCCAGAGGCCCGCGGCCUCGCACACAUGUUCUACCCCGUCUGCCGCGCCAUCCGCCUCGGCGACUUCCGCGGCUUCCGCCACGCCCUCGGCGACGAGGGGCCCGACACGUGGCGCCGCCAGUGGUGGGCGCACGUGGCUGAUUACGAGGCCGCCCGUGCUGUCGGCGGCGCAGGUGGCGGAGGGGGUGAAGGCGGCGCCGCCGACGGUGGGGAUGUGGCAGAUUUUGGUGCUGGUGAGGUUUUUGCAUCGUGUCCCUGGGGAGGCGCAGGGGCAGGGGCAGGGGGGAAUCCGUUGUUUCUGGGUGCGGAGGAGGAGGAUACGGAUGAUGAUGAUGCAGACGGAGGGGAGGAGGAGGAGGAUGGAGAGGGGAGGGAUGAAGGGGGGUACUUUGGGCUCAAGGUCAACAUGGUUGAUGUCGAGAGCGCGAUCGUGAGUCUGUGCGACCAGGGGUUCAUCAAGGGCUACAUAGCCCGGCAGGCGACGGGCCCGCUGAUUGUGCUCGGGCGGUCGGGGGCGUUUCCGGCCGUGGCGGAGAUUUAUAAUAGUAGUAGGUGGAAGGCGGAGGGUGAUGAGAGCGGGUCGGAGGAAGGUGCGGGCGCGGGUGGGGGUGGGGUGAAUCCGUUUGCGGCGAUGGCGGCGGGUGGGGGGAGAGUGGUCAAUUUGAGUGGUGCGAGGGCGGUGGGGCAGAGGGCUUUUUAG